UGAGGCUUCUCUGAGGCCCCCUCCCUGGGGCGGAGGUGGGAGAGACCCCGGCUCCUCCCGCUUGCCACUUCCCCCCACCCCCAAGUCCAGAGGACAGCUUCGGCCCCGCCCCUAUCGAUUUUUUCCCAGGCCCCGCCCCCAAAGGGCAGAUCGAUCGCUAGAAGUCCGAGCCCACCCAGGCACCCGUGGGGGGCGGGGAGAGACGCGGAGGAAAACCUGACCUGGGGGAGCUCACAGAGCGUGGGAAGGCGCCCCAGGAGCGAGAAAUCGGGGAGGACUGUUUUUGUGGUGACCUUGGACCAGUCACUUCCCUCUGGCCCUCAGUUUUUCAGUGAGGGCCUCAGGGAUGACGAGCAGCAGCCCGGUCCCAGCCAUGGCAGAGAAGGAGAAGAGUGGUAUCCAGUGUUCGGCCUCUAAGAGCAUCCGGCCCUUCCGCUCCAGUGAGGAGUAUCUGGAUGCCAUGAAGGAGGACCUCGCUGAGUGGCUGAAUGCCCUGUAUGGCCUUGCCGUCCCUGGCGGUGGCGGGGGCUUCCUGGAGGCUCUGGAGACUGGGGUGGCGCUGUGCCGCCAUGCCAACAGCGUCAACGGCAUCGCCAGGGACUUCGUGGGAAGCCACCCGGAGGCCGCUGGCCGCCUGCGCUUGCCUUCCCGGGAGGUGGUGUUCCAGGCGCAUGGAGUUGCCCCGGGCUCCUUUCUGGCGCGAGACAACGUGUCCAACUUCAUCGCCUGGUGCCGAGGAGAACUGGGCAUCCCGGAGGUUCUGAUGUUUGAGACGGAUGACCUAGUCUUACGCAAAAAUGAGAAGAACUUUGUGCUGUGCUUGCUGGAGGUGGCCCGACGGGGCUCCAAGUUUGGGGUGUUGGCCCCGAUGCUCAUCCAGCUGGAAGAAGAGAUUGAGGAGGAACUGAGGGACCAGGCCAGGGAGCCGGGGCCUCCCGCUGCUGGAGAUGAGGACCAGGACCAGAGGCCUGCAGACCCAGCCUCUGGGAUCGGGGCCUAUCCCAGCCGGGGACCCAGGAUGACCCUGUGUGACCUCCGAAACCUGGAUGAGCUGGUUCGAGAGAUCUUGGGCCACUGCACUUGCCCAGACCAGUUCCCUAUGAUCAAAGUGUCGGAGGGGAAGUACAGAGUAGGGGACUCCAGUGCCCUCAUCUUUGUUCGAGUCCUUCGAAGCCACGUGAUGGUGAGGGUGGGAGGAGGCUGGGACACGCUGGAACAUUACUUGGAUAAACAUGAUCCCUGUCGGUGUGCUUCCAUUUCACAUCGGCUGCCCCAGCCUCGGGCACUGGCCUCCCCACAGAAGGCAUCUCCGGCCCCAAGCUCUCGAGCCUCCAGUCCUGGGGCUCAGCGCUGGCCAGAUGUGGGGAGCCCUGCUCCAGGAGGGGAACGCCGGGGCUCUCGGCCUGAGGGGCUCCCUGCCCGGCUUGGGGCUGGGGGACCAGGUUCUCCUCAGGCCUCCGCGAACCCUCGGGGCCAUCGGGAUGGUCCAGACACUCGACAAUCCAACCCACUGAGGUCCCGGGAUCAGCUGCCCCCCAGGUCCCGCCGCUGCUCAGGUGACAGUGACUCUUCAGCUUCCUCUGCACAGAGUGGCAUCUUGGGCUGUUGCCGGGGCGAAGAGGGGUCCCCGGGACCCCGGAAGGACAGUAAUACUCAACGAGUGACUAGGGUCCCAGCUCCACUCAGGAGACCCCCAGCUCAUCGGAGCAAGUCCCGGGAUCGGGGCCCUGGGCCCAGUCCCCGUGUAGAGGAGCGAGGUCGGCCCCGAGGUGCCCAUAGUGGAAAAGAUGCCCGCCUGGCAGCCCCGAGCCCUGCUCGGCGGGCACGGAGCCAGGGUCGGGACGACCAGAUGAUGCUUCUCAUCCACCGAGACAGAGACGGGCAGCACUCAUGGGCUCGCCCCUGUGGCUCUGGCAGGAGCACUCCCAGGGCGAGGAGCCCUGCAGUUCCCCGUGCCCGGCCUCAGCCCUCCGUGGUCUCAGAGCCUCCCCGGCCCCUGCAGGUGGUGGACACUCUCUGCCAGGAGCUCGAGGAGCUGGCUCGAACCUUCCGGGCCCCCCUGGACCCCCGGCAGGAGCAACAGCUGUACCGCUGCCUGGAGGAGGAAUUCCUGGCCAACUCAAAGGCAUUAGAGGCAGAAAGGGCCUCCCUGCCCCAGGCCCCCCAGACCACCCCCGAGCCGGUGGCCCCUGACUCUGCAUACUGCUCCUCCAGCUCCUCCUCAUCCUCCCUCAACUUCUUUAGCAAGCACGGCGCCCCUGGGGAGGCCUCCCGGAUGGGGCCAGCUCCCAAUGGGCUGGCCACUGUUCCUAAUGGCUCAGGUGAAACAUGGGAUGCCAGGGCCCCAGGCCACCGCCGGGGCCCAGCUCUCUCCAGCUCUUCAGAUGAGAGUAAUUACUGCCCUGCCCUUAAUGAUGUGCAGGAGGUCCCUGAGGGGGGCUGGAGUGAGGAAGUUGGGGGCUCUGGGGAAGAGCAGGUGGGGCUAGGGCUCGGGCCAGCUAGGCUCUCCCUAGCCUCAGACCAGCUCAGACCAUGUGCCCGUCCUCGGGUGGACAACCAGCCAGACAGAAAGCCAUCCCGUAUCCCUACCCCUCUGGCUCCCCGAAGGCCUUCAGCCGAUCACAGGGCCUGGCAGGGUCUACACUCGGCUCUCUCGGGCUUCCUGGAGCCCCUGGCUCAGGUGCCAAGGGGAGAGGGCAGGCAGGAGGAGGGGGCCUGGAUGUGACUCCAUCCUAGCCACCUCCAGACCUUGCCACUAUGACUGGGGGGCUCCUAAGACUAGGGCUGAGCCAGGCCAGAGUUGGCAUCGCUGUUGGCCCCCCAGCUGGGGCUUCCUCCUUAUGUUUGCCCCCAGCCCCUUCUUCCUUCUUAUGUGGCCUUAGUUCUACCUGGGUCCAUUGGACCCAUCAGACUUCCGCUCCCUGAGUCCAGGGACCAAUGUCAGGGAAAGACAGGGGCGGAGACUGGCCAACUUGUAAGUUUAUGGUUUUAGGGUUUGGGGGAGGCAGGUGGUCUGGGUUGUCCCCCAUCCCUCCCCUGUACUGUAUAAGUGGGCAUAGCAGAUCUAUUUAAAUCUAAUAUAUUGAGAGAAUGUGUGUGUAUGUGUGUGUGAGGAGAGAGAGCCCUAGGCCAGGCCCCAGCCCUGCUGAAGACCACCCCCUCCCCUGCUCUGUAAACCUCCCUGGCCCUGAGAGAUUCUGAGCUGAAGAGAGUAAACUAAUGUCCAUUGCC